AUGUUUAACAGUGGAAUUUUUCUCACUCGAUUCGAUGGAAGACCAGAAGACCGUCAGGCCGUUGGUCGUCAGGCCGUUGGUCGUCAGGCCGUUGGUCGUCAGGCCGUUGGUCGUCAGGCCGUAAGUCGUCAGGCCGUAGGUAAUCAGACCACCGUCAGGCCGAAGACCGUAGACCGUCAGGCCGUCGACCGUCAGGCCGUAGACCGUCUUGCCAUAGACCGUCAGGCCGUAAACCGUCAGGCCGUAAACCGUCAGGCCGUAGACUGUCAGGCCGUAGACCGUCAGGCCGCGGAAGAUAGUCAGGCCGAAGACCGUCAAGCCAUAGACCGUCAGGCCGUAGACCGUCAGGCCGUAGACCGUCAGGCCGUAGAUCGUCAGGCCGAAAACCGUUACGCCGUAGACCGUCAGGCCCUAGACCGUCAGGCCCUAGACCGUCAGGCCCUAGACCGUCACGCCGUAGACCGUCAGGCCGUAGAACGUCAGGCCGUAGACCGUCAGGCCGUAGACCGUCAGGCCGUAGAUUGUCAGGCCGAAGACCGUCACGCCGUAGACCGUCAGGCCCUAGACCGUCAGGCCCUAGACCGUCAGACCCUAGACCGUCAGGCCCUAGACCGUCAGGCCGUAGACCGUCAGGCCGUAGAACGUCAGGUCGUAGACCGUCAGGCCCUAGAACGUCAGGCCAUAGACCGUCAGACCAUCAUAGACCGUAAUAAUAAAGACCAUCAGGCCGUAGACCGUCACGCCGUAGACCGUCACGCCGUAGACCGUCAGGCCCUAGACCGUCAGGCCGUAGACCGUCAGGACCUAGACCGUCACGCCCUAGACCGUCACGCCCUAGACCGUCAGGCCGUAGACCGUCAGGCCGUAGAACGUCAGGUCGUAGAACGUCAGGCCCUAGACCGUCAGGCCGUAGACCGUCAGAUCGUCGACCGCCGUAGAUCGUCAGGCCGAGACCGUUACGCCGUAGACCGUCAGGCCCUAGACCGUCAGGCCCUAGACCGUCACGCCGUAGACCGUCAGGCCGUAGAACGUCAGGCCGUAGACCGUCAGGCCGUAGACCGUCAGGCCGUAGAUCGUCAGGCCAAAGACCGUCCCACCGUAGACCGUCAGGCGGUAGACCGUCAGGCCCUAGACCGUCAGGCCCUAGACCGUCAGGCCGUAGACCGUCAGGCCCUAGACCGUCACGCCCUAGACCGUCAGGCCGUAGAUCGUCAGGCCGAAGACCGUCACGUCGUAGACCGUCAGGCCAUAGACCGUCAGGCCGUAGACCGUCAGGCCGUAGAUCGUCAGGCCGUCAAGCCGUAG